AGGCCAAGCAAAGCAGCGCUGCGAAGCAGAGGCCGCGGGGACUUGUCAAAGACCCACGGCUGCCUUCGCCUUUGCUGCUGCAGUCAACUCUCUUAUUCCUUGCCUACCUUUCCCGUCGUCUCCUCAGUCACCGUUUCGCAGCGGCAACACCAUCGAUAACAGCUAAGUGGUCAAUUCUGGGACUUGGGGUUGGUAAUCAGGGCGGGUGCGAGGCGUGGGCAGUACAAGCCAGCCCGCCAUCUCCUGCGGCAACCGCCACUGCUGCAGACACUUCUCCCGAGCGGGAAAGGAGAGCACUGUCAAAAGGCUCACGCUGUAUCAGUGCCCACCGUCAGAGUUAGAGCGUUUUUGUCAAGACUUGGCGAAAGCCUUUUGAUUGGGGAAGGGAGGACGCACUGUGAGAUCACGAAAACAGAUAUAAUAUUGAAUAGUGUUGACUUUUGGUCCUCUUAAUCGAACAAGUGGCAGCUUUGCUUAAGCCUCCUUAAACCCUGAGCCAUGUCGCCCCCAACAGUGCCUCCGAUGGGUGUAGAUGGCGUGUCCGCAUACCUGAUGAAGAAAAGGCACACCCACAGGAAGCAGCGACGCAAGCCCACUUUCCUCACGCGUAGGAACAUCGUAGGCUGCCGCAUUCAACACGGUUGGAAGGAAGGCAACGAGCCGGUGGAGCAGUGGAAGGGCACAGUGCUCGAGCAGGUUUCUGUGAAGCCCACCCUCUACAUCAUCAAAUAUGAUGGCAAAGAUAGUGUAUAUGGACUAGAGCUGCACCGAGAUAAGAGAGUUUUAGCGCUAGAAAUCCUUCCUGAAAGAGUGCCAACUCCUCGCAUUGAUUCUCGUCUGGCAGAUUUCCUGAUUGGCAAAGCGGUGGGGCAUGUGUUUGAGGGUGAGCACGGUACGAAAGAUGAGUGGAAAGGCAUGGUCCUGGCGCGAGCUCCCGUGAUGGACACUUGGUUUUACAUCACCUACGAGAAAGAUCCUGUCCUUUAUAUGUACACGCUGCUGGAUGACUACAAAGAUGGUGACCUGCGUAUCAUUCCAGAUUCCAACUACUAUUUCCCUACAGCAGAACGGGAGCCUGGAGAAGUGGUCGACAGCCUCGUGGGCAAGCAAGUGGAACAUGCCAAAGAUGAUGGGUCCAAGAGAACCGGCAUUUUUAUCCAUCAAGUGGUGGCCAAACCGUCUGUCUACUUCAUCAAGUUUGAUGAUGAUAUUCACAUUUAUGUCUAUGGCUUGGUGAAAACUCCCUAAAUUCAUUGUGCUCUUUACAAAAGUCGUGGAACUAUUAAAUGUAAAACAUGUCAUGUUCUUGCAAUUGUGAAUUUUUGAGAAAAGUUUUGGUGUCAGAGAUUCAGGAAUUUAUUAUUACUUGUUACUGAUUGUGCCUCCAAAUCUUACAUUGACUAGUUCCACAGUUUUGUCCCAAGUUUACAUUGGUACUUUUGAUAUUGCCUUGUUCUGUAACUGAAGAGCUAAGUUGGGUGCUAAUAGGAAAUUGAAAAGUAUUCAUGACCAUUGGAACAAUGAAAAACUAAAGAAAAAUUAAUGGUGUAACUCCACACCAGGUCCUUUCCCCCAUUUCCCUCAUUUUAUUAUCUCCCCCCUCUUUCUUAUUCCCAGGUAACAAAUGUUAAGAACAUGAUGUAUAUCCUUCCACGUUUUCCCAUCCACUUGCAGAAAGUUUGUCAUAGUCUUUUCUGUAAAAAUGAAAAGCCUCCUCAUUUCCCUGUAAUUGUUUUUCACAUUUGGAAUAUUCAUCGUAUCUUUUCUAAUCAGUAGCUAGGAAUCUUUCUCUGUCCCCUCUCCCUUUCCCCUCCUCUCCACUCCCUGUUCCCCUCUGCCUUUUUCUCUCUCUCUCCUUCCUUCUAGCAGUUGCAUAUACAGUAUAUUUAUGUACCAAAAAAGUAUUCAACCAUUCUGCUAUUGAUAGUCACUUAAAUUAUUUCCUUUCCUUUUCUCACCAUAGCACUGCUGCCAUACAUUCUGGUGCUUUUAUUUCUACUGGGUAGAUUCCCAGGAAUGGAAUUGCUGGUAAGAGAUAUAUUUAAUUUUAAGAGAUAUUACAAAAUUACUAUACAAAAUGAAAGUGCUCAUUCUCCAGUAUCCUCUCCAUCAAAAUUUGCAAACGUAGAAGGUAAAAAAUUACGUAGUAUUUUUUUAAUAGACAUACUCGAGGAGGUGUUUUGUUUUGUUUUGUUGACUGUUUGAAUUUUUUUCUUUUGUGAUUUUCCAGUUCUUAUCUUUUGUUUAUUUAUCUAUUGAAUCUUUGAUCUUUUUCUUAUAAGUUUAUAGGAAUUCUUACUAUAUUUCUCUAUGGUACAUAUUAAUCAUGUAGCCCAUUUGUAUUUUUUUCCAUUCUAUCAUUGAUCUUGACUUUAUUGAUGUUAUAUUUUACUGUACAGUUGUUGCCGUUGUUGUUUUUAAUUUUUAGAUAGACUAAUAUCUCCUUUUCAGCUUUUUGGCUUCUUAUCUUUUUCAGAUGAAUGCCCCCACCCCAAAUCAUACAUAUAUUCACCUACAUUUUUUCUAAAUUUUUUAUUAAUUUUAUUAAUUUUAGGUUUAACUAAAGCAUCUGGAAUUUAUUUUGUAUGUGGUAUAAGAUAAAGGUCCAACUAUACAUUUUCUUCACAUUGGAUUCCUGAUUAUACUAUGAUAUUUAUUAAAUAAACUACUCAUUUUUGAGUUUGUGAGCCAGUAUCCUAUUGUUUAACCCUAGUGGCUUGACCAUAAAUUUUGAACUCUGGCAAAGUAAGUUACCUCUCAUUAUGUUUUUUUUUUAAUUUUCUUUCCUUUUUUUUUUUUCUUUCAUAUAACUUGUUCUAGACAUUAAUUCUUUCUAUGAAAAUUAAAUGCAUUCUUUCAAAAUUCUGAUCUUAGAAUUGUGUUACAUUUCUGCAUUUCUAUUUAGAAAAUUAUUUUAAUAAUAUUAAUCCUUAACACUCAAGAGUUUGGGUACAUAAUUAAAAUCUUUUGAUUUUGUAUUUGUAAUGUUCUUCAUAUGGGUCUAUUAUAUCUGAUUAAACUUACUUCCAAGUAUUUUUACAGAUUUUGUCACAUCUUGACAUUUGAUUUGGGUAUUUUUUUUUCCUCAUUUGUAACUUCUUAUUUUUGACAAUACAAACUACAGAUAACUUUUUUAAAAAAAUAUUUUACCUUAUAUUUAAUCAGCUUAUUAAAUCCUCUAAAUUACACUUUUAAAAAUAUGUAAUAUUUUCAACCUUCUGUGUAACAAUCAUUUCACCUGCAAAUACAGAUGAUUUUAUUUAUUCAAAAUAAUAUUGAAUAAUGAUUAUGACAGAUAUGCAUGUCUUGUGUAAUUUUCAUAGAAUUGUCUUUACUAUUCCCUAUUAACAUGACAUUUAUUGUUGGUUAUUGGUAAAUUGUCAUUAACCACUAAAAUGUUUAAGGAGUUUCUUUAUUUCAUUUUUUUUUUUUUAAAUUUUUUUUUCAACGUUUUUAUUUAUUUUUGGGACAGAGAGAGACAGAGCAUGAACGGGCGAGGGGCAGAGAGAGAGGGAGACACAGAAUCGGAAACAGGCUCCAGGCUCUGAGCCAUCAGCCCAGAGCCUGAUGCGGGGCUCGAACCCACGGACCGCGAGAUCGUGACCUGGCUGAAGUCGGACGCCCAACCGACUGCGCCACCCAGGCGCCCCGCUUUAUUUCAUUUUUUAAUUCCUGUUUCAUAUUAAGGGGCUUACUAAAAAGUGGCCCCUGAAGUUUAUCAAAUGUCUUUCAGCAUCCACUGAUAAAAUCAUAUGAUUGUUUUUUCCUUUAAUUUGUUGAUUUAAUGAAUUGGAGGAGUAAGUAUUUGACGUUGAACCAAACUUGUGUUUCUGAAAUAAAUCCUACUUGGUCAUGUUGUAAUAAUCAUUUGACACAUUGCUGGAUUUUAGUUACGAAUUUUUUAUUCAGAAUUAUUGCAUUUACAUUUCAAAGUGAAAUUGCAUUUUUUCAUUUUUACCCUGUCUUUAUCAAGUUUUGUUUUUCAAAUUGUGCUAACUUUAAAAACGAAUUUGUGAGUCUUUUUUUGUGUUCUGAAAUAAACAGCCUUAGAAUUAGUUUUUCUUUUUAUUUAAAAAAGUUUUUAUUCAAAUUCUAAUUGUCCUUUGAAAAUUAGCUACUACUAAACUGUAAAACAAUUUAAUUAUGGUGUCACUUUUGAAGUUGAUCCUUAAUCAGCCUUCUUAUCUCUCCAAUGGUAAUUGGCUUAUUUAAACUUUCUAUUAAAAAAAGAAUGUAUGGUUUCUAUAAAAUACAAAAUUUAGAGUUUUCUUUAUUAUUAACCUUCUUGAUUGUAUUAUUCAGAUGCUUUAUGUCCUUGCAUAUUGCAUAUACAUAUGCAUAUUUCCUAAAUAUGUUCAAUUUUGAAAACAUUAUAAUAAAUCAGCUAUAGUGG